AUGAUACGGACUUUGUAUACUACAGCCAGGUUGCCAACAAGUAUCGACGGUCGAACGCGCAAGCGUACGCCGGCACAGUGCAGUCCGAGGCCAUGCGCCCAGCUUACUCACUACCCCUGGCCCCCUUGGGAUUCGCUUAACAUCAGGUACCAUGAACAUAGUAUGUACUCGACUCAUAUCUUGACUCCUGGGCAUGUUUUCAGUACUAUUGGGUAUAGCAGGAAUGUUUUGGUAGCAUUCAGCGCCCCUGCAAGGCCGCGUCUUCCUUCCCAAUAUCAGCAUCUUGACAUCAUUGCCGCCCACGCCCUUGCAUUGCGUUUGUAUCCAUGCAUUCAGAAACUGUUUUGUUGUGCAUUGCGAAAUCUGUUUUUUCCAUGGUUCACAGUCAAGCUCCAGAAUGUCAUGCAGUGGUGA